AUGGAGAACUCUAUUGGUGAACAAGUUGUGAAUCCUGCUUCGUCAAUAGAUAGUCUUCCAGAUGAUCUUCUUGUCCAAAUCUUGUCCUUCCUUCCGACAAAACAAGCUGCUUCAACCUCUGCUAUCGCAAAGAGGUGGAGAACUCUUUAUACUCUCGUGCAUAAUCUUCACUUUGACAAUCUUGACUAUUUUUACCCUGAAAAUGAUGAAGAGUACAUGAACAACAUUCAAUAUAGUUUCAAAGAUUUUGUGGAAAAUACAUUGGCUCUGCAAGGAAACAACCAUAUAAAGAAGUUCUCACUAAAGUUAUUUCUAACCUGUGACGUGCAUAUUGUUAACCGCUGGAUAUGUAAUGUCCUCGAACACGGUGUUUCUGAGCUUUAUCUAGAUAUUAAAGCUAUGGGGUGGCAACGUCGUCUCUCAUCCAAAGUCUUUACCAGCACCACACUGGUUAAGCUAUCAUUGGGAAGAGGCAUAUACAUCCCAUGUGUUCCUUCAGAUGCAUGUCUCCCAGCACUAAAGGUGCUCCUUCUUGAUUCAGUCGGUUUUAAGGAAAUAUAUGAUGUGUUACUUCCUGCUUGCCCUGCACUUGAGGACUUUACAAUACAUCAAAAAUAUCGUCAUGAAUGUCAAGACAUCUUAUAUAAAACCAUUCAAACAAUUAAGAAACUCUCUACUACUAACUGUAGUUAUAAUAUUUAUCGUUCUUGCACUAUUUCACAUAACAAACCAGAUGUUGUCGACCACUACUUCUAUGGAGAUGAUCGGCAUAGAUCCCCAAAAAAUAAUUUGAAUUCACUUGCCAAAGCUACAAUGAGCCUUCAUUGCCAUGUCUUGUGGCCAGGUUAUAUAAAUUCAAUUUAUCUCAUUAGUGGGAUACACAACGUCAAGACCCUUCACUUGACUUCUUCUGCUGUUGAGGUGAUUUUGUUAUACUACAAAGAUGAAUUACCGGUGUUUAACAACCUCGUUGAGUUAGCAUUUUCGAGUAAGAAACGAGGUUGGAAAAUGCUUCUGCCACUUCUCCUAGAGCUAUCUCCAAACCUAAAAACUCUGAUUCUCUCGGAUCUAUAUCGUUUUACAUUUGGACGACGACACCGGUUUGUAGGGCUUCACAUUCCUCCAAAUAACCAAAUAAAGAUGUUGCAUAUUAUACAAUAUCAAGGAAGUGAAACCGAGCUGAAACACAUUAGCCAUUUCUUACUGCAUAUGGAGUGUCUUGAAGUUGUGAAAGUUUGCGUUGCAGCUGAAAUUGAUGACCUCAAAAAGAUGCAACUUACAGAAAAUAUGUUGAAGCUUCCAACAGUUUCAUCCAAGCUCAAGAUACAAGUCAUAUGAUCAUCAUCAUCAUAAGUUACUCUAUGUUUUGAAAACUAAAUAAAUUUUAAAAAAACUGAUUUAUGAUUUACCAUGGUGUGAAUUGUUGAAGGUUGAUGAGAGAAGAACACACUAGUGAUUAGGAAAUAUUAUAUUGACUCUCAUAAAGAUUACAAUAAUAGUUACAUAGGUUUAUAUAGGGAG